AUGGAAUAAAAUCUAAUUGAUUAAUCGGCCACACUCUCGAGGUUAUCCAUAAUUGACAAAACAAGUGAUGACUUAACUAAUAACACUUAAAUUAAAUUAAUUAGUUCAUCAGAAAGACUAGGCGAGGAAAUCUAUAAAAACUAAAAAAACUAGAUUUUAGAACAGUAAGUUGUUACUUUACAAUUGCAAUUAAAAUUGGCCAUUGAUCACAUUACUAUUUUGUAAGAUUAGGUGGAAUCCAAAUAAAAAGAAAUCAAUCAAUUAUAGCUAAAAUUAUAAGAGUAAAUUAAUAAAAAUGAAAAUGAAAGCAGAAUAAAUUCUUAAAAUCAAUUUAAGAUUGAGCAAUUAUAGAUGUGUUUAAAGGAAUAUGCCAAACCAUCAAAAGAUAAAGAAGUUUAAAAACACUAGUUUUUUUAUUAGCUUAAGGAUCUCUCUAAAAAAUACUCAAAACCUACACUAACUAAUUAAAAGACUAACUAAACAGAGGAUUCCUCAAAAAGAUACUAAAAUAAUUAAUUAGAAAUCACCGAAGAUUCUUCAAUGAAAGAUACUUCAGUUAGUGACUUUAGAUCAACGUACAAUUUAUUAAAUACAAAAUAAAAUUUUAAUUAAAGUGGAAAAAAAUUUUGGUCUCCUCCAUAAUUUCAAUCUCCUACAAAUUAAAAGCAAUCCAAUUUAAAAAAACGAUUAGAUAUUACUAUAACAUAAAUCAAAGCUAUGCAAUAACAUUUUAGUUAAUACCAACCCACUAAAUGA